AUGAUAGAGUAUCAUCCUAGUAAGGCCAAUGUGAUGGUCAAUGCUCUCAGCCAAAGAACGAUGACUGAUUUGAGAAUAAUGUUCGCUCGACUUAGUCUGUUCGAGGAUAGAUGUCUGUUAGCCGAGUUGCAAGUUAAGCCUACUUGGAUUGAUCAGAUUCAGGACAAUCAGUUGGGGGAUGAGUCAUUGAUUCAACGAUUUUGUCAAGUUGAGAGUGGCAGUACUUCAGAUUUUAUGCUGAAUACGGAUGGGGUUUUACGUUUUCAAGGUCUGGUUUGUGUACUAAACGAUUCUGAUCUGAGACAAUCGAUUCUGAGGGAGGCGCAUAGUAGCCAUUGUGCUAUGCAUCCCAGUGGUAAUAAUUUGUAUCGGAAUCUCCGUGAACUGUACUGGUGGCCGAGAUCGAAGCGUGUGGUUACAGAUUUUGUUGCUCGUUUUUUGACGUACCAGCAAGUUAAGGCUGAGCACCAGUUGCCUGCAGGUUUGUUCAACAUGUUUAGUUUUAUUUAUGGAAAUGGGAAUGAGUGA